GUAAAUUAUGCAUAUAAGACUUCUUUCCAAAACCAUAAAAACCUACUGAAACGGCAGUUUAAACAAGUAAAAUAAAUAGCCUAUGUAAAAAUAUUUUGUUGUAGUAUUUGCAAACAAAGUGUAGUAUUUAUUGGAUGUUCUGUACUAAAAACAGGUGAAAUAAUGCGCUCAAAACAACAUCUGUUCAGUCAUUACGUCAGUAUUUGUAGUCGUAAACACAAUCUGAAUUUCACUAUAGCACACAAUUUGUCUGUGCUUAACAUUACUUGAAGACACUUUCACGUUUUGUUCUACCAAAUAAAUGACAUGCAAUCAUCAACCUCAAACCUUUUAAAAACAUAAAUUACAAGUUGCUAUGAAGUUAAAGGAUCAAGGAGGAGGUUACGUAAUUUAUGUAGUAGGCCUAGAGCAAAACGUGAAAGUAUCUUCAAGCAGACUAAUGUAAAACACCGACCCUAAUUUACUCAAAUCGAAAGCUCCAUUUUAAAAACCCAUUAAAAAUUCCCAAGGGAUCCCAUGUCUCAAAAAAAACCCCUCUUUCUUCCGGAUUUUCGGACGACAAACUGAACAGCCCUAUUGAAGGGUUAACGUAAAUGUGAAAGAGACCGUGCACCCUCCGAAAGGCGUCAGUCACGAGUGAUGUCCUGAUUUUCUCCACCCUUUUCUAAAUCAACGAUCUGUUUACAGUUGUGGGAAGUGCAGACGCAUCCAUCCCUCACAGAUGUGCCCAAUUCUUCUUAACUUGCUUUAAAGUACCGGUGCAAACGGUUUGAGGAGCUGUUUAGUUCACUGCUGGGGUCUGGAAGGGUACAUGCUGUAUUUUCCCCUCUUGCCCCAGUGCCAUGGAUACUGUAGCGGUACAGGUGGAGCCACUGACAGGCUGCUUCACAGUCACGUGAUCUGAUUUAGAAGAAGCAGCGGCUGCAGAAAUAGGUUAAAAUUUCAUCGCCCGGCUACGGUCUAGUGGAAAAAGGCUGUUAAUAUCGUUUGCGCGUUUUCAUUUUAACGAUAUAAACGCGAAGGCGACGAACCGCUCGCGCUAUCAUCUGUGAUAAGCGCAGGCGAGAUCGGAGGAAAACAUCGAAGCAUCUGCAACAGCGCAGGGAAGCAGGAUCUCACAAUCUGUGGGCUCGACUCCAUUCAAUCGCAACACAGUUUGUAAAGGCACCUUCGCGGCUGGACUUAAUUCAUGACAUGGCUGAUUAUCUAAAUCCUUCGAGUGAGGCGUGAAAAUUGUCCUUGCUGGAUAUGAGCGCUCGCUUUUUUGGUGGAUUGUGUAACGUGGAGCGAUAAACUUUAACUGGCGUUCGGUUCAUAACAGAGAUGCGUUUAGAUGUGCUCUGAAUGGCUGGAAUACUUUAAGCAACUCUCUGUGUUUGUGGCGGCUGAACAAGCUCUUGUGGAUGCCAGACCUGUACGGAUGAGAAGAACUCGUGGCUGGGACUACAUCGCGCGUUGUGAUGCUUCUUCUUUACUCUCUGUCUGAUGUGAAUUUGGAUGUCUAUAGUCAAAUCUGCGCGUUUCUAGAAUGGCUCGCUUCGAAGACGAUCUCCCGACCCGGUAUGGAGGCGGUGGCUCUCCAGCGGGUCCAGGCAGAGGGGCCAGCCGGCACCCAGGCCCCCCGGGCGGACAGAGGAUGUAUAAGCAAACAAUGGCCCAAAGAGCCCGGACAAUGGCCAUAUACAACCCGAUACCGAUCAAACAGAACUGUUUCACAGUCAACCGAUCCCUGUUCAUCUUCAGCGAAGAUAAUAUCAUUCGGAAAUAUGCAAAGAAAAUAACAGAGUGGCCUCCAUUUGAGUACAUGAUUCUUGCCACCAUUAUAGCAAACUGCAUUGUACUGGGUUUAGAGCAGCAUUUACCAGCUUCAGACAAGACACCCAUGUCAAAGCGACUGGAUGACACUGAACCCUACUUCAUCGGAAUAUUUUGCUUUGAGGCCGGGAUCAAGAUCAUCGCUCUAGGCUUUGCUUUUCAUAAAGGCUCCUACCUCCGCAAUGGGUGGAAUGUUAUGGACUUUGUUGUCGUGUUGACAGGGAUUCUGACCGUAGUGGGGCCAGACUUUGAUUUGCGGACACUCAGGGCAGUAAGAGUCUUGCGGCCACUCAAACUGGUGUCUGGAAUUCCAAGUCUCCAAGUGGUUCUGAAGUCCAUCAUGAAAGCAAUGGUUCCUCUGCUUCAGAUCGGCCUUCUGCUCUUUUUUGCUAUACUCAUGUUUGCCAUCAUUGGCCUAGACUUCUACAUGGGCAAGUUUCACCGCACCUGCUUCAGAAACGAUACUGGGGAACAGGCAGCUGACUUUCCAUGUGGAUUGGAACCUCCAGCUCGGGUGUGUGAAGGUGACACAGUUUGUAGGGAAUACUGGACUGGUCCAAACUUCGGCAUAACAAACUUUGACAACAUCCUGUUCGCUGUGCUCACCGUCUUCCAGUGCAUCACUAUGGAAGGAUGGGUGGACAUCCUUUACAAUGCCAAUGAUGCCUCAGGGAACACCUGGAACUGGCUCUACUUCAUCCCACUCAUCAUCAUCGGCUCUUUCUUCAUGCUCAACUUGGUUCUGGGGGUGCUGUCAGGGGAGUUUGCAAAGGAGCGAGAGCGUGUGGAGAAAAGGCAGGAGUUCCUGAAGCUUCGCAGACAACAGCAGAUCGAGAGGGAGCUGACCGGCUACCUGGAGUGGAUCUGCAAAGCAGAGGAAGUAAUGCUUGCUGAAGAAGAUAAAAAUGCAGAGGAGAAGGAGGAUGGUGCCUGGUACAAGAGGAAAUGCAACAACCCAGUGUUGAAGAGAGCCAAAAAGAGCAAAAAUGACCUCAUCAGUGCAGAGGAAGGAGAAGACCACUUCACUGACAUCUCAUCAGUCGCUCCCCAGGGCUCUCCAUUCACCCGUACAAGCGUGAAGAGCAGCAAGAACGAGAGCUCUUCAUACUUUCGCAGAAAAGAGAAGAGGUUUCGCUUCUUCAUCCGCCGUAUGGUGAAGGCCCAGAGCUUCUACUGGACUGUUCUGUGUAUAGUGGGACUGAACACACUAUGUGUGGCUAUAGUUCACUACGACCAGCCCAACUGGCUCACAUAUGCACUGUAUUUGGCGGAGUUUGUGUUCCUUGGUCUGUUUCUAAUAGAGAUGAGUCUGAAGAUGUAUGGCCUCGGGCCCAGGACCUACUUUCACUCCUCAUUUAACUGCUUUGACUUUGGGGUAAUUGUAGGUAGCAUUUUCGAGGUGAUUUGGGCAGCAGUAAAACCCGGAGCCUCUUUUGGCAUUAGUGUGUUGCGAGCGCUGCGUUUGCUGAGGAUAUUCAAGGUUACCAAGUAUUGGAACUCGUUACGGAAUCUGGUGGUGUCUCUGCUCAACUCAAUGAAGUCCAUCAUCAGCCUCCUGUUCCUGCUGUUUCUCUUCAUUGUAGUGUUUGCUCUGCUGGGAAUGCAGCUCUUCGGAGGACAGUUUAAUUUUGAAGAUGAGACCCCGACGACCAACUUUGACACAUUCCCAGCUGCUAUACUGACAGUGUUUCAGGUUCUGACAGGAGAAGACUGGAAUGCUGUGAUGUAUCAUGGAAUUGAAUCCCAGGGAGGAGUGCACCGGGGAAUGUUUUGCUCCGUGUACUUCAUUGUGCUCACACUGUUUGGAAACUACACUCUCCUCAAUGUCUUUUUGGCCAUCGCUGUUGAUAAUCUCGCCAAUGCACAAGAACUAACCAAGGAUGAGGAGGAGCAGGAGGAGGCCAUCACUAAGAAACUGGCUCUGCAGAAAGCCAAGGAGGUAAAGGAGGUCAGCCCCAUGUCGGCCGCUAACAUUUCCAUCACAGCUUUUAUAAGGCCAAAUCCUGGUGCUCUUUCAUGCAGCUCCUCCAACUCCAGCUCUCAUUCACCGAGUUAUGUCUGCUCCCCUGCACAUCACUACUUGAGUAAAGAACAGCAGCGUUCUCUAAAGAUGAUGUCCGUGUGGGAGCAGCGCACCACACAGAUUCGGAAGCACAUGCUGGCCAGCAGCGAGGCGUUGUACCAAGAGGAACUCAACCCCCGGCUGACCUCCAACCUUCACGUCCGCCCUGACAUGAAAACCCACCUGGACCGGCCCUUGGUGGUGGAACCUCGUUGUGAUGGUCCCAUCAGUCCACACAGAGGCUGGGACAAACCCCAGGACUUGCAAGGGGAGGGCGGCACAACGGAGGAACGAGUCCCCCCUGUAAUGGAGCCACCACAGUCACACCCACCACGCAAACACCACCGUCACAGGGAGCGUCCCUCCAAUGAGACCAAUGAAAACGGCGACACCAGUCAUGGCAAAGAAGGCCGGCAUCACGUCCAUCACAGCCGCAGUAAGGAGCACGAUGGGACACGGUGUAAGGAGGGGAAGAGUGACAGGAGCCGGAGCAGAGAGGGAGGCCGUAGACAUCACCAUCAGAGCUCAGUGGAUGAGGGAGUGGGAGGUGGGGAGAGAGAACAUCGUCACCAUCACUCUCAUAGGCAUAGCAGAGAGGGCAAUGGAGUAGUCAGCGCAGGGAAGAGUGAACGGCGGUCCAGGCAGAAGGAUGGCUCACGUUCGGGAACAAGGGAGGGGGAGAGGUGCUCCAGGGGUGAAAAUGGAGGUAAUGGAGGGAGGAGACGGCACAGACCCCGUACCAGUAAAGCUCAGUCGACAUUGGAAGGAGAAGAGCAACAAGGGAAUGGAGAGCAGGAGGAGGACAAGUCCCACAGCCACAGGCACACGGACAUGGGCGGAGAUUCAUUGGCUAUAAACCCCCAUCAACCUUCAGUUGGGAACCGAUGGUGUCUUGAUAAUCCAGAAGACUCGGACAAUAAACAAAAUAUUGGGCAGACUGGAGGAAUGGGCACACACAUACCUGUGACCGUCACGUCUCCCCCUGGAGAAACGACGCUUAUUCCCAUGAACAGUAUAGACAGUGAGACAAUGCCCAUGACUGAGAAGAAUCUGGAGGAUCUGAACCAGAGCAGCCCUCGUCCCAUCCUCCCCUUCAGCUCCAUGUUCAUCUUCAGCCCAACCAAUCCGGUGAGACGUCUGUGCCACUACAUUGUGAGCCUGCGCUACUUUGAGAUGUGUAUCCUCGUGGUGAUUGCCAUGAGCAGUAUAGCCCUGGCUGCGGAGGACCCAGUCCAAGCCAAUGCCCCUCGUAACAAUGUCCUGAAGUAUUUAGACUAUGUCUUCACUGGUGUCUUCACAUUUGAGAUGGUCAUUAAGAUGGUGGAUUUAGGUUUAUUGCUGCAUCCUGGUUCCUACUUCAGAGAUCUGUGGAAUAUUCUGGACUUCAUUGUUGUCAGUGGUGCACUGGUGGCAUUCGCAUUCUCGAGCUUCAUGGGAUCACAUCAAAGCGUAAACAGAGGAACCAAGGGAAAAGACAUCAGCACUAUCAAGUCCCUGAGGGUGUUGCGAGUCUUGCGACCACUGAAGACCAUUAAACGUCUACCAAAACUGAAGGCCGUGUUUGACUGUGUGGUGAACUCCCUGAAGAACGUAUUGAAUAUCCUCAUUGUCUACAUCCUGUUCAUGUUCAUCUUCGCUGUCAUUGCUGUGCAGCUCUUCAAGGGCAAGUUUUUCUACUGCACAGACGAGUCCAAAGGCCUGGAGAAAGACUGCAGAGGGCUGUUCUUGGAUUACGAUAAGGAUGAAGUGGAAGCCCAGCCCAGGGAAUGGAGGAAAUAUGAGUUCCACUAUGACAAUGUGCUGUGGGCAUUUCUCACCCUCUUCACUGUUUCUACUGGAGAGGGCUGGCCAACGGUUUUGAAGCACUCUGUAGAUGCCACUUUUGAGGACCUGGGUCCCAGUCCUGGCUACCGCAUGGAGAUGUCCAUCUUCUACGUGGUCUACUUUGUGGUCUUCCCCUUUUUCUUUGUCAACAUUUUCGUGGCCUUGAUAAUCAUCACAUUCCAGGAACAGGGUGAUAAGGCCUUGUCAGAGUGCAGUCUGGAGAAGAAUGAGAGAGCCUGCAUCGACUUUGCUAUCAAUGCCAAACCGCUGACCCGCUAUAUGCCACAGAACCAGCAGUCCUUUCAGUACCGCUUGUGGAAGUUUGUGGUCUCUCCACCAUUUGAGUACUCCAUCAUGAUCAUGAUUGCUCUCAACACUGUGGUGCUCAUGAUGAAGUUCCAUGGGGCACCCGACUUUUAUGAAGCUAUGCUCAAGUAUCUCAACAUUGUUUUCACUGCUCUCUUUUCAAUGGAGUGUAUUCUCAAGAUUAUUGCUUUUGGCCCUUUGAAUUACCUGAAAGACGCCUGGAAUGUGUUUGACUUUGUGACUGUGCUGGGCAGCAUCACUGACAUCAUAGUCACUGAGAUUAACACUACGGACCGUCUGUUGAACUUGAGUUUCCUGAGGCUCUUCAGAGCAGCCAGACUCGUCAAACUCCUCCGGCAGGGAUACACCAUUCGCAUCCUGCUCUGGACAUUCGUCCAGUCUUUUAAGGCACUGCCUUAUGUUUGCCUUCUAAUCGCAAUGCUGUUUUUCAUCUACGCCAUCAUUGGAAUGCAGGUGUUUGGGAACAUUGAAUUGAACGAUGAUACUGCUAUCAAUCGUCACAACAACUUUCGCACUUUCCUCCAAGCGCUUAUGCUGUUAUUCAGGAGUGCCACUGGUGAAGCCUGGCAUGAGAUUAUGCUGUCCUGUCUGAGUGAGCGCACCUGUGAUGCAAGCUCAGGCAUUCAUGGAAAGGAGUGCGGGAGUGACUUUGCCUACUUCUACUUUGUCUCCUUCAUUUUCCUCUGUUCUUUCUUGAUGUUGAACCUGUUUGUGGCUGUCAUUAUGGACAACUUUGAAUAUCUGACACGCGACUCCUCCAUCUUGGGCCCUCACCACCUGGAUGAGUUUAUCCGAGUGUGGGCAGAGUAUGACCCAGCCGCAUGUGGCCGUAUCAAGUACCUCGAUAUGUAUGAGAUGCUGCUCCACAUGUCCCCACCUUUAGGUUUGGGAAAGAAAUGCCCUCCACGAAUCGCCUACAAGCGGCUGGUGAAAAUGAACAUGCCCAUUGCAGAUGACAACAGUGUGCACUUCACCUCCACCCUGAUGGCUCUGAUCCGCACAGCCCUGGAGAUCAAACUGGCUUCAGGCAUGGUGGCCCAACGUCUGUCAGAUGCUGAACUGAAGAAGGAGCUCGCUACAGUCUGGCCAAACCUGUCUCAGAAGACUAUGGACCUGCUGGUCACUCCGCAUAAACCCAAUGAGCUUACAGUGGGGAAGGUAUAUGCGGCUCUUAUGAUUUUUGACUAUUACAAGCAAAACAGAGCCAAAAGACUUCAGAUGCAGCAACAGCAGCAGAGAGAACAGACAGGACCUGGAUCUCAGAAUAAAGUCAGUGCUCUUUUAGAGCCUAUUCUCCCACUAACCCACAUGCAAGAUCAGGCUGUGAACAGUGUAGAUUCGGCCUCAGACUUUCAAGCUCAGACCAGACCCAGCUCCACCACGCUCAACAACGGACGCACACAUCUUGAUAAUACAAUAAAGGGAUCUUCAUCCUGGGCCUCGGAGAAGUCCAAGGAGGUCCCACGAUCUAAACGACGGCCAAUGUCCAGAGGUCAAUCAGAGGAUGCCUCAAAUGAAAACACUGCCCAGGAGUCAGUAGAAAUGAGGAAGAUGGAGAACAGUGCCAACACAGUCCCCUCUGGCAUCCUUGAAGGCCAAGGACGUGCAGUAUCCAUGCCAAAACUCAACGCAGAGAUGCAGAGGAGCCAUUCACGUCAUUCUCCUGGGACUUUACUGGAAACCAUUCCUGAUUCCCCCAUGAGACGCUCCGCAUCCACUUUUGCACCACAGCGCCCUCAGGAGGUGAAUCUGAAUGACUACACUUUGGCGAAACCUGUUCAAGAACGACAUCACCACCAUCACCAUCAUCACCGAUGCCAUCAUCGUAGGGACAGAGACAAGAAACAGAGAUCUUUGGACAGGUCGCCCACUGGACAACACAAAGCUACAGGCACAGCAGCUGACCCUGUAGAGGAGAGGCCGCAUGACCGAGGUCGUUCCCAUGAGAGGAAACAUCAUUCGUCUUCAGCGGAGAAGCAGCGGUAUUACUCAUGUGAUCGCUACAGCAGUCGGGAACACUGUCCCAGCAAGUCUGCCGUGGCAAGCUGUGCCACCUCGCCCAGCGAGGCCAAGGAGGCCACUCUCAGCAAGCAGGGCAGUGGUUGGGCUAAGAGGAGCCCGGUGUUGUUGACCUCAGGGGCGAGCACUCCAAGCCGUGGGCGCAGACAGCUGCCCCAGACCCCCCUUACUCCUCGUCCCUCUGUGACCUACAGGACUGCCAACUCCUCCCCUGUGCAAUUUCUGGGCACACAGGCCGGCUUGCUUCCCCCCAGUCCCGGCAGACUGAGCCGCGGUGUGUCCGAGCACAACGCCCUCUUACACAGCGGCUCCAUCUCCAGCUCGCCAGCCCCCGUCAGUCGCAUUAACUCAGAACCCUUCUUGGGGCCCCCAGACCACCCUGCCGGCCUCCAGCUUGAAGCCUACGCCGUCUUCCAAGAGGAUCCGAGCCCUCAGACGGGCCGUUUUGCCCAGACUGUAGGGAUGCCGAUCGUGGCGAUUCCCCCACCUCCACAACAGCAGUUCCGCGGGGUUCCCAACGGAUACCACUUCAUCACGGGCCCCGGGGCCAGCAGAGGAAGGGCACGGCAGUACUACCCAGAGGCAGAGAUGGACGACUGGUGCUAGCAUGGCUUUAAUUUACACACACGUACAGAUGAUGUUUUUGUUUUCAAAUCAUGAUGAGUUUUAUCAUCUCUUAUUUUGCGGGUGGUGUUAAAUUCAGUAAUACAUUUUUUUUUUUCAAUGUCCAAAGGAUAAAACAUACAUGUACAGUAUGCUUACAAAGCAGCAGAUGUGGGAUAAAAAGGCUCAAACCCACCUGACUUUGUUGCAUUUCAGUCAGGCUAAAUGGUUUGAUGGGUGUGGUCUUUUUAAAAACACUUAAGAUUUACAGUUUAUGUGAAAACACACGGGCUUUUUCUUAAUCUUUGCCUUUUAGGGGCAAAAGAUGCCAAAGUGUGCUUGUGUAACCUGGGAAAAGAGUGACCCACUGCUUCAAGUGUAGACCACAACGGGCGUCUGGCCAGUUUCCCUCAAAGCCAGCCUCUGCGACGCACCCUUAAUGCAAAUAUUCCCAUGAAAAUGUUAUCUUGGCAUUAUAGAUGUACCUUUUAUGGAGCAAAGGUUUACAGAAGUGGAUGGAAAUGCAAGAAACACUGUUUUAUUCGGCCCUAUCUCCAUCUAAGAGAAUUCCAUGUUAUUUCACACUGUUGCGAAAGCAGAUUGUUCAUUAUGCUGCUGAUGGCCAUUCCUCGCACACGUCACUAUGUGUGAAACCUUUGACAACCAUAAUGUACUUUGUUUUAUAUCAAAUUGUAGAUAUUUUAUCUAUUCAUUAUGUGCUUUUUUGUAUUGUAAAGAUGGACGGUUUUACGUAAAUCGCUUACGGCUUCACCAUACUGUCAGGUCUACCGAUUCUUCUUGACUGCUCCAGAUGUUAUUUACAAAGUGCCUAACCUUUUGAAUACAUUGUAGUAGUGAUGCAACCUCAGCCUUUUUUAGUGCAUCCACACUUGAGAGAGUGAACUGAACAAGCUCUAAGGGUUAAAUGGAACUACAAGGUGUUACGAACGCAGGCCUUAAUUCAGAAGAUACAGUACCACGUUAGGUUUUUGAAUGGAAAUGACAGUAUGAUUGUUUUUGUUGUUGUUGUUGUUUUUUUAAUUCUUGUCUCCUUUUUGUACAAUUUUAGUACUGAAUGGAAUAUUGAAAAAUUCCAUCACCAAAAGCAUAUGUUAGUAUGGAGCACCUAUUAAAAAACUGCAGUAGUUGUGUAUUUGUCCUGACGGGGACUUAAUAACCACAGUUAUAAAAUUGCAUGUUAAAAAAAAGUCUUCAAUUCUUGAUUGACCAUGCUUAAGAAACCAAUAUUUACGGUGUAUAUUUCCUGUCCUGAUGAAGAUGCUCAGACUGCAUUGCUAUUUGCCUUCUCUGUUUGAUCCUUUGGAUGGUUAGAUGCAAGGACUGAAAACUGAAGAACUGUCACAAAGGAGCAUGCUUUGCUCGUGUAGCAGGUUUCCUGAUGUGAGCGCGUGUUGUGUUGCAUCGAGCCAGGGUCCUGGCACCGGUACAGUAGGCCAAUCUGUGUUAGGGUUAAACUUUCCCCCUCAUGGCAAUCCUCCAAGCACCCCCAGACACACAUACACGCUCACAGCUUUCAUUCUGCCGCUGUUCCCCAGCUGCUGGCCGUAUAGAAAUAUGGCCGGCUCCUUUUUAUCACACUGGUAACAUGAGAGGAAUAUUUAGCCAGAGGGUGAGGCAGUCUGAAAGAACAGAAAAAAGCCUCUGUAUUGGGACACUGUGUGGAUGGGGAUCAUUUCACCAGUUCCGCAUUGACAUACAUGAAUACAUUAGACGCUUGGAGAAUUGUUUGGCUAAUCAGGUGAUUCUUGGCCACUGAUGUGUCAGGACUUUGCUGACAGUGAAUGUUCUUUCAUUUUCAAAUUUUUUUUUUUAAACAUGUAUUUUCUUUAUGUAGGGCUAUGCAACGAGAUGACACUUUGAAAAAUAUACAUCAUUCAUUUUGUAGCUUUACCUGCUGGGAAAUCCAGAUUCAGGCUUUAGCAUGAUAGUGACCAAAUCUUCUUCUUCUUCUUUUUUUUAAAAAUAAUUUAAAAAAAAAUAUGAAAAAGUAUAUUUUAGAAUGCAUAAAGGCACAAUGAUUAAAAAGCAGAAAUCAGCA